GGGCGUGGCCAAUGUAGCUAUAUCUAUGGCCCAAACGUUGUCACGUUGGCUCAGUUAUAAACACGUUUACAUGAGCUAGCGGGCAGUCGGCAUGGACAAUAUCAGGGAAGGCUGGUUCACAGAGACAUGUACGUUAUGGCCCGGGCAGGCUACAAGUCUCCAAGUGGAGGAAGUCCUGUACCACAAGAUGUCCACAUUUCAGGACGUGUUGGUGUUCAAGAGUAAAACGUACGGCAACGUGUUGGUGUUGGAUGGAGUGAUCCAGUGCACUGAGAGAGAUGAGUUUGCAUAUCAGGAAAUGAUUGCUAACCUUCCUCUGUACAGCCACCCUUCUCCCAAGAAGGUCCUCGUCAUUGGUGGUGGUGAUGGUGGCGUGCUGAGGGAAGUGGUCAAGAAUCCUCUGGUAGAGUCGGUGGUUCUCUGUGAGAUUGAUGAGGAUGUCAUUAACGUCUCCAAGAAGUUCCUCCCAGGCAUGGCCAAAGGAUUCUUUAGUCCCAAACUGACCCUGCAUGUUGGAGAUGGUUUUGAGUUUAUGAAGCAAAACCAAAAUGCCUUUGAUGUUAUUAUUACUGAUUCAUCUGAUCCUGUCGGCCCUGCUGAGAGUUUAUUCAAGGAGAGUUACUAUCAACUGAUGAAAACCGCAUUGACAAAGGGCGGAAUUCUUUGCUCCCAAGGAGAGUGUCAAUGGCUCCAUUUGGAAUUGAUAAAGGAAAUGCAAACCUUCUGCAAGACCAUAUUCCCAGUUGUGGACUACGCUUACGGCACCAUCCCUACUUAUCCCAGUGGCCAAAUUGGAUUCAUGCUCUGCAGUAAGAACCCUGAAACAGAUUUCCGGAAGCCAGUGAAAGAACUAUCAAAAGAUGAUCUCGAAGGCAUGAACCUGAAGUAUUACAACACGGAAAUUCACAAAGCAGCGUUUGUCCUCCCUGAGUUUGCAAGAAAGGUUCUCUACGCUUGAUUGGCCUCAUCAGAGCUAUCUGUCCGUGUUCCACAGACGAACAGCUGCUUCUCUAGCUUCUCAACAGUCAGUCAGCACUGUUAAGCCCUCUCGGAAGAGAGUAGUUAAUAAUGAUUUUAAAGCUGUGUUUGCCGGGUAUCAACGUUCAGAAACAUGGGAGUUGCUUAGUUUUUUUCUUUUUUUUUAUUGUUCAACACAAUUAGUGUUUGUUUCUGAUACGUACAUGUUCACCCAGUGAUUGUCUCAUUAGCGACCUCAGAUCACACCAUAUCAAACCUGACCUCAUGCUGAAGUACUGUAUGUACUGUGCAACUGAAUGGCCGCAUGGCUCUUGUGGAAUAUAUUAUUAUAUAUUGCUGCACUUUCAUCGGAAAUGUUCUUUGCUCAUAGGAAAAUCAGCACAUGUCGUCGGUGUACAAUGACAAAACUGUGUCCUCUUUUUGGAAUUGUAAGUAAGUGUGCCUCGUUUGGUUAAUUGCUGAAAGAAGGUUCUGCAUGUGUUAGUUUUUCAGAUCACCUUAAAAGUCCGCAAAAAAACUGUCCCUUUUAAAAAAAAUAAAAAUAAAUAAAAACUACAUGAUACGCUGCUCCGACCAUUACAUUGUUAUGGAAGAUACACAUUAUACAGUAUUUAGUGAAAAUGUUUUUUUAAUUAUUAUUUUAAUGCAAAUCAUUAUGCAAUUACCGAGGGUAGAUUAAUGGUAGAAAGCUUUUUCUGUCUUAAGUUUAACUGCCGGAAACUGUUAUACUUUUCAUUAUCUUACAUACAUGGUUAUUUGUUAAAAAUCCACAAUAAAUCUUGUAGAAAAAUUUUUCCGGUCGAACGAAAUUGUUUUUAUUAAAACAUGAACUGUAAUAAAUCUGUUUACAAACAAAUGUGACACUU